AGACAACCGAGAGAUAUCUUACAUGGCGUUCCUCACGAUAUAUGCACAUCAUUUGCUUCUUCAACAUAUCAUUCCUUUCUUUGCUUUCUAGCAUUAGUACAGUACAAUUCCGAAACAGAAUUCCUGGAGCCAACCUUAGAAAUGGCCCCUCCCCCUCCUCCUCCCCCCUCACGAAAACGCUCGGGCCUCCUUCGUUGCAUCGCCAUUGGAAUUUUAGCGUUGAUAAUCCUAUUGGGCCUCGCUGUGCUCAUAACCUGGCUGGUUCUCAAACCCAAAGGUUUGGUCUACACAGUAGAAAAUGCUUCAAUCCACAAUUUCAACUUAACCGACGCAAAUCACCUCUACGCCAAUUUCGAUCUUACCAUAAGAUCUUACAACCCCAACCACAGGGUCUCAUUUUACUAUGAUUCCGUGGAGAUUUCUGUGAAGUACGAGGACCAGACGCUAGCUACCAAUAGGGUUCAGCCAUUUUUCCAACCACAUAAAAAUGUGACUCGUUUGCAGGCGAGGCUCACUUCUCAGACGGUGGCCUUAUAUGGGUCCGUGCCUAAAGACCUCAGGCAGGAAAGGCGAUCUGGGGAUAUUGAAUUGGAUGUGCUGAUGAAGGCAAGAAUACGGUUCAAGGUAGGGCUGUGGAAAUCAGAGGAUCGAACCAUGAGAAUCUUUUGUUCCCCUGUUCUGGUGCACUUCUCUGAGUCCAAGGGCUUUGAGAGGGUCUACUGCGACGUAGAACUUUGAAUUCAAUCUCAGUUAUUAUGUUCUGACAGAAUUCUCAUGGCUUAGUGUCCUCGUUAUUUACUUUCUCCAAGUUUUUGUUGGUUUGUUCUUUUGCUUUGUAUUAGGAGAUUGAUGCUCUGUAUUCUUUGGAAUCGUCAUUCUUGAUUCUUGUUUUUCUUUUUAUGAGUUUUGGUUUCUGUUCCCUUUCGGCCUUUCCUCUUGGAUUUGUGGGUAUCAAAUAUUUGUGUUCACACGACAUGGAUAAUAUAUGUAUGUCUGUUUUAUUA